AUUUUCAUCCGAUCUUCUUUUUCUUUUCGUGUGAUUAUUUGUGUGCAUUAAUCAUAUAAGUUUGUACAGAAUAUUGAAAUAUUGUGAAAGGAAUACAAAUUUGAGAGAGAGUUGAAUUACACUUUAAAGGCUAAUAUAAACAAUUCAUUUAUAAGGAUGUUAACCUUAAACAAGAUUGAUUCAAACUGUUUUCUACAAUCUAAAGAACCACAGAGUUUGAAAGUAUUAUCACCAUCACCGACGCCACCUCCACUUACCAUAAUAACAGAAGAAAGAAAAGCAAAUAAUCAAGACUAUAGGUUUGAAACGAUCAGAUUACAAACUUUUGAAGAUUGGCCAGUAAAUUUUAUAGAUCCUAAGGAUCUUGCAGCAGCUGGAUUUUAUUAUUUGCAUACAGAAGACAAAGUAAAAUGUUUCGAAUGUAAAAUAGAAGUAUAUAAUUGGGAAGAAGGAGAUGUACCUAUGAGAGAUCAUAAACGUCAUUCACCAAUAUGUCGAUUUGUCAGAAAUAUUCCAUGCGGUAAUGUACCUAUUGGCGUUGAUCCUAAUUCGAUACCCGUACCAAGCCCUCGUGGAUACGACGUUUGUGGAAUACAUGAAAUAGGAAGUCAGCCGCCAAAUGCAUAUAGUGAAAACUUAUCCAAUCUACUGUUUCCUACAGACGCCAGGCUGAAAUCUUUAGGAGUUCAAAGACUGAAGCAACCAAUAUAUCCAAAAUAUGCUAACUUAGAAUUGAGAGUACUUUCUUUCGAUAUAUGGCCUAAACCAAUGAUAGAUAUUAAGCAAUUAGCAGAAGCUGGUUUUUUCUAUACGGGAGAACAAGAUCAAACAUUGUGUUUUCACUGCGGUGUAGGUUUAAAAGAUUGGGAACCAAAUGACGAUCCGUGGUAUGAACAUUUUAAAUGGUUUGUUAAAUGUCAUUUUCUUUUAAUGUUCAAAGGUAAAGAAUAUGCAGAUGUAGAAGGACAAUUUAUAAAGUUAUCGAAGGAAACGAAACCAGCUUCAUUAGAGGAGAUUUUCGAUGAUAUAAACCUUGAAAGCAAUUGUGGUUCAAAUACUGUAAAAAAUAAUAUUGAAGAAAAUUCAAAUUUGGCUAGCUCUGCAGUUGCAAAAAAACAUGAAUUAAGUAAGCCUAUGGAUGAUGCAAGACUAUGUAAAAUCUGUUACAAUGCUGAAUUGCAAGUUGUAUUUUUACCCUGCAAACAUAUGUGCGCGUGUGUAAAUUGCGCAACUUUAAUAACUAAAUGUGCAGUUUGCCGAAAACCAAUAGAACUAGUUGUUCGCGCAAUAUUAACAUAAGACAAAUAAGUAUUAAAUAUUAUUAUUAAUUUUAAAG